CGCGCCCGGGGCCCGCAGUGCACCCUGGGCCGGGCCGCACCGGACCGGGGCCGACGCCGAGCGGCAGCGGGAGGGAGAGGGGCCCCGGGACCGGGCACCGGAGCGGCCGAGGGAAAGGGGGUUUUAGAAGGGGAGAAUAUGCUGGUGGGAACCUCAAAGCACUCACGUCAAGAUCUGAGACGGUCCUCUUGAUUCACUGGCACCUGAAUGCCAUGGGCAGAGGCGUGUUUGUUCUGUCCCUGGGCAAGAGUUGCAGACCUCGGUGUGAUUAGCAGGGCAGUUGGAAACGCGAGUGACAGAGUCCCGGGUGCUCAUUGCGGAAGGAGCUCAGGCCGGUCACGCACAGUUAGAGAAGAGGAGCGGCGGUCAAGGUGGGGAGAAACUGACUGCUUGUGGGUGAAGUUCUCGCUAAUGAACGGAUUCUGGUGAGGAAACCAUGUAAAUAUUCUUCAGUCGUAUGAAAGAGUGAGGAGAAACCUCCCCGAGAGAAGUGCUAUCUCAGUGCGCCUUGUUGAUGGUUGGAAGGGAAGCAGUUGCUCGUCCCAGCUGUUAAGCUUGUGCGUUGUCUUUAUUCGCUGUGUAAGUGGGAAGGAGUUCAUUAAUUUCUCUUCCUGCCCGAAGCGCCGUUGUCUUCACACUAAUGAAACCAUUUCAGUGUUCUGAUUGUGGGAAAAACUUUAAACGAUCCAAUGCCCUGAUCACACACCAGUACAUCCACACCGGGGAGAGGCCGUUCAUCUGCUCUGUGUGUGGGAAAGGGGUUCACCCACUCGUCCCACUUGGUCAAUCACAAGCGGGUUCCACACCGGGGAAAGGCCGUUCAUCUGCUCCAUGUGUGGGAGGGGAUUCACUCAGUCUUCCACCUGCUGACCCACCAGCGAGUCCACCCGAGAGAGGCCGUUCACCUGCCCCGAGUGCGGGAAAGGGUUCCACCUACGCGUCCCAGCUGCUGAAUCACCAGAGAGUCCACACCGUGGAGAGGCCGUUCACCUGCUCCGUGUGCGGGAAAGGAUUUCAUCAGUCGUCCUCCUUGCUGAGACACCAGCGGGUCCACACCCGGAGAGAGGCCGUUCACCUGCUCCGUGUGCGGAAGGGUUUGCUCAUCCGGGCAACCUGCUGACGCACCAGCGGGUUCACACUGGGGAGAGGCCGUUCACCUGCUCAGUGUGCGAGAAGGGGUUCACACCAGUCCUCCCACCUGCUGAGACACCAGCGGCUUCACACCGGGGAGAAGUUCUGACCCUUCUGUAUGAGGGAGAUUAAACAUCGCAGCUGCUGACACACCAGAGUAGUCCCAAAGGGUCUGCAGGAAUUGGAUUCUGCGAUCGUUGUUGCUGCUAAAUAUAUCGAGAAUUAAUUUAGUUAAUGUGCACAGUUAGAGUUUAUUUCUGUUGACAUGAAGAAUCAGUAUAACUAGUCUGUAGUUUAAUAUUCUUGAUCCAUGUCAAAAUAAAUCAGUACUGUUUGAA